AUCGCAGCUGACUGCUGAAUGCUAAUGUUUUUUAUUAUCUGAUUUGAUCUGAUCUGAAUCUGAUUCAGAUUUCAAUUUAAAAUUUCACAACAGAAUUAAGCUACAAGUACCUAUAAGAGCUACAAGUACCUAUAAGUUGGGUCUCCUUCUAUUACUCCCUGCUCUCUACUAAUCUCUGUCACAUCGCAGCUGACUGCUGAAUGCUAAUGUUUUUUAUUAUCUGAUCUGAUCUGAUCUGAAUCUGAUUCAGAUUUCAAUUUAAAAUUUCACAACAGAAUUAAGCUACAAGUACCUAUAAGACGAAUUUGUUUAUUACAAAACUUUUAAGGUAUUAUGAGUAUAAUUUUUUAUAUUUUGCAAAUAAAGUGUAUUCCCACGGUCAAUAUCGCGUACGCUAUAAAACUUUCCGCGUACGCUACAGCGCUUUUCACGUGUGCUAAAAAACCUAUCGCGUAUUUACGCAGCAUAACUUCUAACAAGAGCAUAUAUUCGGUCUCUUAACAUUACUGCUAUCUACUUCAUCUUGGCCAAACGAAUCAUGUAAGUAAUCUAGCAGCCAAGUCCGUAUUCCAACGACGUUAUAAAUGGCGCACAUGGGUUUUCUACGAAUGCAGAGGUCGUGAUUGAAGCAGAAGUAUUGGAUUUGACUCUGUAUUUCUUCAAGUGGUGGACAUCCAUAGUCUCCCACAUUUGAUAUUGAUCUGCAAAUAAUGAAUUGUCAACAUUAAAUAAAUAAGAUAAUAUCAAUGGUUCAAGAAUGGAUAUAAGUUUACAAUUUAAAGCAUGUGUAAAAGAGCUUACUUUACAUAAUGAAGCCACUUACAAUUCAAAAAAGGAAACAUUAAAACUUAAAAAAACAAAUCAAGGUGAAUUUUAUAUUAAGGCUCAAAAAAUUAUUUUUCAAAUAGAACAAUUAUAUGGUUUAUUAAUUCAAAACCGGCAAGCAUACAACUUUAAUUUAUGCAAUUAUUUAGAGAACAAAUGUCCCGUAAAUAACAUAAAUCAAGAUGAAAUUGAUGUAAUUGCAAUACGUACAAUCAGUAUUUGUAAUCAACUUAUAAGUGAAUUGAGAAUAGAUAUAAGACUCCCAGAUAUUUCACAACAUCAUCAAGAACAUCGAAAUGUAGUAAUAUUUUUAAUUGAAGAAUAUUUAAAAGGAGUAAGUAGAAUUUAUUCUGAACAAAAAGCAAUACGGGAAAAAAAUUUCAUCAAACAUAAAAAAUUGUCUAAGUUACAUUCAGCUGUAAGUAAAAGAGUGGCUAUAUCUGAUAAAAUUAAGUUUACUGCUACUCAAAAAAAAAAUAACGAUUUAGAUUCUUUGAAAGUUCAAGAAAUGAAUGGAGAUAUUAAUGUAAUAUCAUGUACUGCAGAGAUUUUGUUAUCCCCAGAAGAUAUUCAAAUGUUUGAAUCUGAAAAUGAACAACUAUACAAUGAAUUAACGACAUUGUCAGAAGAAGUAAAACAAAUCGAAACUAAAGUUGUUCAUAUCACAGAGUUGCAAGAAUUCUUUACACAACGAGUUUUGGAACAGAAUAAAAAUUUAGAACAAGUAUUUACUACGGUUGUUGGAUCUACAGAGAAUGUCAAAGAAGCUAAUGAAUAUAUUCGCAAGGCCAUUCAAAGGAAUGCAGGUUUAAGGGUGUGGAUUCUUUUUUUUUUACUAGUAAUGUCAUUCACCCUUAUAUUUCUAGAUUGGUAUAAUCCAUAAUACAUAGGUAAAUUAAGCUUAACACCUAGAAAAAGAAAAAAGAAGAAAAACUAUGAAUUAUUAUUGUUCAUGAAAGUUGUAUUAUUUGUUGUUUUAUUUCGCUGAACAACGUUAUUUAAUAAAUAAAAUGUGUAAUCAUUGAUUCAUAAAGUAUAAA